UGAUUUGCCUGCUCGAUACUGGAACCGAUACACCACUUCGAUAUGAAUCGGAAGAGAAAAUCAAGAAAAGAAUAUGGAAGAUGGUGAACGACAUAACAAAGUUUCAAAAAGUUAACCCUGAGUUUAUAAAGACCAUGGUAAAUUUUUUUAAGAAAAAUUACGAAGAAAUGGUCAAGGGUGAACAUGAGGCAAUUCCGUUUGCAAAGAUACAGGAUAACAUCAAACCACAUGUGAUCAUCGGCUAUAAUUCAAAUGGAUUUGAUAUGCCAUUCAUCAUACGAAGGUUGAAAUGGCUUGGUAGUACAAUGAUAGAAGAAUUUUAUAGGAUAGCGACCAUUACAGACGUUAUAGAUGAGAUUGUACUGCUUGCUAUUGAAACAGCCAAGAUUCAAAAUGAAAUAACAAAAUUAAAUGUUGAUUCAAUGAAUUACCAUAACAAGAUCGAAGAACUCAAUUCGAGACAAGGUAAAGUUAUCAAUGAUUUACAUGGAGAAGAGGGGGUUGAAAAACUUUGUACAGACAUCCUUGAAUAUUGCUUCUAUGAUUCAUGGGCAGUCCUAUUGAGCAUAAUUAAGAUGCAAAAACUGGUUUCAUAUCGAUUAGAUGAGAUAAUUUAUAACUGUGAAUAUGCACAACCACUCCGUAGUGAUAAAACAAGCAUGUUGAAUUGUCUUAUAGCUAAGGAGUAUAAUAAGGAACAUAAUGACAAGCCAGUAUCAUAUGGUAUCAAAGAUAAGAAAAAAUUUCAAGGUGCAGAGGUAAUCGACCCAGAGACCAGAUAUUACAUGGAUCCUAUUUAUGUACUUGAUUUUGCAAGUUUGUACUUGUCGAUAAUGCGUGAAUACAAUAUGGGACCCAAUACGCUUAGGUAUGAAAAGCCCAAUGAGAAACAUCAAGUGGUACAUCUCGUAGACAAUAACGUGGGAACAAAUCAGGAUAUAUACUUUAUCCAUGAGGAUACCCAAGAAAGCAUCAUACGAAACAUUCUCACGGAUCUGAUAAAAAAGAGAAAAGAAGCCAAGAAAGAGCGUGACAACAUCGGGAAUGCAUUAUACGAAGGCCUAGGUUCACCAUAUCUCGGUAUUGCUAUACCAGUGAUAUCACAGUAUGUAACCUUUGUUGCUCGGGAACUGAUAAAAACUUUAAAAAAAUUUAUAGAAUCGUAUCACACCAGGGAAUAUAGAAAUGACCAUAACGUGAUCUGUGAUGAAACCAGUGAGGUAAUCUAUAGAGACACAGAUUCUUGCCUAGCACGAUUACCAAAGCCUAUCUUACGUUGUAUACUUGAAAAGUACUAUGGUCAUUUGAAAUAUAUCGAGUUGAAUAAUAGUUUGGUAAAGGAAUAUGAAGAACUUAUAUUCAAGAUAUAUGAUGAGCUUACCAAAGAGGAAAGCAUAUUUGGUAAAAAA